AUGGAGCUGUCAGCGUGCAUAGGUGGUGCCGCGCCUCCGAGCCUCCUUCAGGGAGCCCCGAGCCUCCGUCAGGCUCGGCAGGACCACUACACUCCGUCCGUUCGGUCCGCUGCAGUCGCAAUGAGCGGCGACCUGCUGCCGCCGACUGAUAUAGAGCUAGGCGACCGACGCGACCCGAUAUCCCUCGAGCCAAUCACCAGCCCGCCUUCCAUCCGCCGGACCGCGUCGAUAGGUACCAGCAGCGGUAGGGACUUCUGCUUAUCGCUGCCCCAGAUUCCUCCUCCCGUUGCUCCGCGACCCGACUUAAUAGCACCGCCAGAGGAAGCCGAUUUAGACAUGGGCAUUACCAUAAUCUGUCCACCCAGAAACGGGCUUUUACUAAGCCCCACUGACGAAAGCGAUAAAUCUGGCGAAACCGGCGAAGCCGGCGCGUCCAGCAGCAGACGAGGCGCGUCAGGCCGUUUGGGCACGUCCGGAGCUGGCCCAGCGAUUCGGAAAGGCUCGCCGAGUCUGAGCCGCGCGAGGCUCGGGUUGGGGGAAAUCCGGCUGGACCUGGGCGCGUUGCGCGCGCGCACGGAGCGGGAUUUCAACGCGGAGGCGAUGGAGGUGCGCGCGCGCAAGGAGAAGUUCGCCUUCUUCGAGAAGGACUGCAGCCGCGUGCUGGAGCACGUGUUCGUGGGGAGCGAUUACGUGGCGCGCAGCCGGGAGAUUUUGCGCGAGGCGGGCGUGACGCACGUGCUCAAUUGCGUGGGAUUCGUGUGCCCGGAAUACUUCCCCGGGGAUAUCGUUUACAAGACGCUCUGGCUGCAGGACAACACAGCAGAGGACAUAACAUGCGUGCUCUAUGACGUGUUUGACUACAUCGAGGGCGUUCGGGAGGGCGGGGGGCGCGUGUUCGUGCACUGCUGCCAGGGCGUCUCGCGCUCCACGUCCCUCGUUAUUGCGUACCUCAUGUGGACACAGCGUCUGGAGUUUGAGGAGGCGUUUCGGCGGGUGAAGGCGGUGAGGGGCGUGGCAAGUCCCAACAUGGGCUUCGCGUGCCAGCUGCUGCAGUGGCAGAAGCGCGUGCUGCCGCCCAAAUCAGCCCGGGCAGCUGCAGCAGCCCUCGCAGCACCAGCUGAUCCGCCAGCAGCAGCAGCACCGGCUGCAGCAGGAGCCUCAGCGUUACCGCCGGCGUCGUCUGAAGCGCUGGGCGGCGUGGUUCGGCAGCACAUGUACCGCAUGGCACCACACUCCCCGUACGACGCCCUGCACCUGGUGCCAAAAACUGUCCCUUUCUCCCGCCACUCACUCGACCCGCGCGGGUGCUUUCUGGUGCAGGUGGGAUCUGCCGUGUUCUGCUGGGAAGGCAAGCAGUGCCACCCGCUUAUGGCCCAGCAAGGGUUGGCUACUGCUAGGCAGAUUAUCAAGUAUGAAAGUUUGGGCGGGGAGCCGGUUAUGGUGACGGACGGGCAGGAGCCGGAAAGUUUUUUGGCUGCCCUUGGAGAUGGGGGUGGAGGGCGGGAGGGGAGGGUGGGUGGGGGGAGUGGGGCAGGGGCGGAUGCUGAGUUGAUGAAGGUUGUAGCUCGGCAGGGGUUGACGUACCUCGGGCAGGACGCAAAACUUUUAGACGGUGCCCGGGAGAGUUGUGGCUGGCAGCUUAAGUGCGGGGGCCUGCUAGAUCCCUCUGAUAUCCGCCUGCGCCGCCCCUUCCUGCGCGGGCUGGGGCGCACUGGGGGAGGCGCGGACUGGGGCAGGCGGAAACUGGCUCAGGGGGAGGCGGGGAGGGAGGAGGAGGACGGGUGUGGGGCGGGUGAGGCGGUGGAGGAGGGGGGAGGGGAGGUGGGAGGGGAGGGGGAGGAUGGGAGUGUGGAGGAGGAGAGGGAGAGGGGGGAGGGGAGGGUGGUAGGGGAGGAGGCUGGUGGGGGAGAGGAGGGGCGGGCGGAGAGGGGGAGGGGGCGGGAGCGGAGGAGGAAGGGCGAGGGGAGGGGCAUGCGUGGGCUGUCUCCCAUGCGACUGCUGGCGAAGCUGUCAGGCGCAGCAGGGGGGGAGAAGGAGCAGAGGGGGCCGGGAGAGGGCGGAGCAGUUGCGAAUGCAAGUAGCAAUGCCGUAUCUGGACCAGCACCCAGUGCACCUGCAGCCGCACCCGUUCCCAUCCAAAUCCCAAACCGAACUCUUGUGCUAAACUCACCCGCCCCUCCCCCCACUGCGUCCUCCUCCUGCUUUACUGCUCUCCCCCGCCCUCAAUACGACACCGACUUUGAUUACUUUGAAAAGGCUCUCACGGGCGGCACGCCCCGUCCUGUAGCGGGCUUUGUCUCCCCCUCAGCCAAGCCGAACGUGCUGCCACACAAGGGCCGCGGGUGGCUCUCGAACGAACCUACCUGGAAUGGCAACCCCUCAGGUUCGGCAGCUGGUUCGGGCGUAGGCUCGGUGGGAGGGAAUGCGUUCGGUUCCAAGGAAUGGCCGAGCUGGAUUCCGAAGAACAGGUUCGGGUCGCUAGGCUUGGCGGGAGGUCCAGGGCUGCCGUCUCCAUCAUCAUUCUCCCCCCGUUCGCUGGCAUUCUUCCCCCCUGGCGGCAUGGGCAUAUACGGGCAGGAGCUGAUGCGGUCUGUGCCCAAGGCACAGCAGGAGGGGAUAGAUUUGCCGGUGCAGGCUCGGGUGGAGGUCCGGGAGCUAGCUCCGGAAGCAGCAGCAGCAGCAGCAGCAGCAGCAGCAGCAGCAGCAGCAGCAGCAGCAGCAGCAGCAGCAGCAGCAGCAGUGCAAGGUUGCCCAAAGUGCCGGUUAAAGCCCCAAUUCCGCCAGCUGCUCCUAACAACAGGAGUACACUCUCUUCGGUACAAGAAUCCAGCGCUAGAGAGGACUGCUUGA